GCCUGGAAAAUGAAUAAUUCAGCAGUUAUUUAUGAGCUAACAAAUUGCACAGGUGUGUGACGUAAUCGAGCUAUAUAUCGCGGUGAAUUUUUCAUUCAUUGCUUGUUGUUUGAAGACUGUUGUUCGCGAAGGAAGUAUUUCGGUAUAUUAUAAGAUUGAAAGAUGGCUCGUACGAAACAGACUGCCCGUAAAUCCACUGGAGGAAAGGCUCCGCGAAAGCAGUUGGCCACAAAAGCUGCCAGAAAAAGUGCACCAUCUACUGGUGGAGUGAAGAAACCCCAUAGAUACCGACCAGGAACUGUGGCUUUGAGAGAAAUCAGGAGGUACCAAAAGAGCACAGAGUUGCUCAUCCGCAAAUUGCCAUUCCAGCGAUUAGUUCGUGAAAUUGCUCAGGAUUUUAAAACCGAUCUGAGGUUCCAGAGUGCUGCAAUUGGAGCCCUCCAGGAAGCAAGUGAAGCUUACUUGGUCGGACUUUUUGAGGACACCAACUUGUGCGCAAUUCACGCCAAGCGUGUAACAAUCAUGCCAAAAGAUAUCCAGUUGGCUCGAAGAAUCAGGGGAGAGCGAGCCUAGAUUGCUGCAACCUUAUGACCUCAAUUGACAUUUUGAUAUAAUAUACUGUAGUAAAAUAAAUAACCUGUACAGAAUUUGGUGUGUUUAUUCGAUAUUGAUGCUACCCGCAAAUGACCAAAUAGAUUUGUUGCAGUUUUGCUUGCCGGUACCAGCGAACAGCAGUUUGAAAAGAGUAUUUGUGAAGUCUUGUAGCAUUAUUGUGAACAUUUUUUAAUUGUCGCAUAUGUUGGUAGAUAGGCUUCAUGGAUUAUUUUUUAACCCUUUGCAUGGAUAGUUUAGCAUUCAGUUCAUUCAGUAGUUUUGGUGUGUCUUAUAAAUACUUAGUACAUCAGCAUUUGAAAUAGCAUUUUGUAAAUUGAGAACCAGUGUCUUUUAGAUACUUUUUUAAAUCUGUUAAAUUCAAUUGGAGAACAAAUAGGCCAGUUUUGGUAUAAAAAAAAAUUUAAUAUAACUUAUUUUGCAUACUUCCGGUAACAGUACUGGCGACGGAUUCUUGUUCUCUGUCAGAUUAAGCACUUGAAGUGCAAUCAUUUGAAGAGAGAUUAAACCAGUAAUAAAUGUGAAAAAAAAACCAAA